ACGUUUCCUAUUGUUGCCGGAAGUGACGCCAGGGUUCGGAGCCUCCAGGAAGAAGUAUUUUCAUCUCCCUGGCCUCCGAUUCGCCACAGCGCCCCUGUUUCUCACUUCUCAGUCCGAUCAUCGCAGAGCCUCAAAAUUGGACAGACCUCGAAUCUGCACAGUGGGGUCGGACUGGCCGCCGAGAAGGCCCUCGGCAGGGUCAGUCUCCCCAGGGGUCUGGAUAAACGUGCUGUGGAAUCUGCAGCGCGGAAUCAAGGAGCGCGGAAGAGCCGGCUUCUUGGAGGGCCCUGCCGCGGUGCAUGGCGGGAUUCCACCCGCGGCUCCCAAUACAAACGGUCGGCGCGAGGAGCGCGUCCGGGCGCGGGCGUCGGGCCGCAGGGACUCGCUGCUGGAGCUUGGGCUCCCGGGGUUCCCGGGGCUGCCGGGGCUCUCGGGUAGCACAUGCUGCCGCCUCUGCUGCCUGUUGCGCGGGGCCGUCCGGAGGCCUUCAGAGCCCGCUUCUUUGCUGGGCCGCUGCGGGAUCCCAGCUGUACUUUGUAUCUUACUCUUCUUCAAUGUAUUCUGCUGGUACUGAAGAGGAUGUGUUCCAGGGACAUACUUUGUUGUCAGAAAUUCCAUUACCAGAGUGACUUCGUUUUAGAGGCGCUUCAAUCCCAGAGGAUUCAAUACUCAAGGUGAAAAAUUAAUUUCCUAAGCUGGAUCUGGAUCGACUGUUAAAGAAUGGCAACCGGUGACUUAAAAAGAAGCUUACGGAACCUGGAACAGGUGCUUCGCUCGCUGAAUUACCCGCGGGAGGUGGACUGUGUCGGUUUGGUGAAAGGAGACACCGCAGCAUCCCUGCCCAUCAUCAGCUAUUCCCUCACCUCGUACUCGCCUUACGUAACAGAACUUCUGCUGGAGUCCAACGUGGAGCUCCUAGCAAAGAAUGACUUGCGCUUUAUAGAUACCGUCUAUAAGCUUCUUCGCGAUCAAUUUAAUUAUAAACCAAUCUUGACAAAAAAGCAGUUUCUCCAGUGUGGAUUUGCAGAAUGGAAAAUCCAAAUUAUUUGUGAUAUUUUGAAUUGUGUGAUGAAAAAGCACAAGGAAUUGAGUUGUCUUGAGAAGACUCCAUCACAACAAAGGAAAAAAAUCAAUUCUGUUAAGUCAGAACCCUGUACCAGCGGUGAGAAGACAGCCACCGAACCUGUUGGCACUGAUGUCACUGGCAGGUUUAUGACGUCAGGAAAGAAGAAAGCCGUGGUGAUCCGUCACCUGUACAGCGAAGACGGCGCCAACCUUCCUGAAGAUGCAGGUCCAGUAACACAUGUUAAUGAAGCAUUUGACGUUUGUGACCUAAAGGCUCCUGAAAUAAAGAUUCCUGAAUUAGAGAUUUCUGAGAUUAACUGUGAGCAGCAGGAUAUAAAAGUUAGCGCUGAGAUCACUGCACUGCGGAUUAUGCUUGCUGAAUGCCAAGAAAAACUUAAGAAACUGACUUGCAUAGAGAGCAGAUUGGAAUCUCUGGAAGAAAAAAUGAAAGGCAAAGUGAUGGUGAAUGAAAAAACCUGGAAUAAUCUUCUAAGUCGUGUCACUCUUCUUGAAACAGAAAUGCUUUUAUCUAAAAAGAACGAUGAAUACGUGCAGUUUAAUGAAAUGAGUGAAGACUGUGCCUCGAGCAGCGACAUGGGUGCUCUCAGUCUGGACAGAAAAAGCAAAGAGGAGAGGCAAGCAGGCGUCCCUCUGUCCUCUGGCUACAGCACGGUGUCAUCGGAUUCAACUCCCCGGGCCUCCACUGUUAACUACUGUGGUUUGAGAGAGAUUUCCGAGGAAACAACAGUCCAGAAAAUGGAAAGGAUGAAAAAGAUGUUUGAAGAAACUGCAGAGUUACUGAAAUGUCCAAAUCACUCACUAUAGAAUUUUCUGCACGAACUUCUCUAGGACUCU